UUUCGGCGAUCCAUUAUUGUCCAAAUGUAUCCCAUAUAUAUAAUGCGUAAAAAUAGGGGAAUUAGUCAAAUUGCAAUUUUGAAGUCUUGGUAUAUGCAAUGAGUGGUGUCCUAUAUUCUUAAAACCUAGAAGAAUAGUAAUAAAAUUCCUUUCCCAAGUCCAUAUAUAGCGCAAACAUUUGCUUAAUUACCUAUCAGUGAAACUUUUUAUAAAGAAAAAAAGAAAGCUAGCUCUAAAAAAUAUUCUCCAAUGGAAGAACCAAGGAAUGAACCAUGUCCCUCCAGUACUACUACUACUCCGCCAGAGGCUCCUCCAUGUCCAAAUACACCACUGCAAGACCCAAAGGAGAUCAAACAGAAAAUUAUGGAAGAAGAUGAAGAAGAAAAAUAUCAAGAAAAAGAUCAUCAGAAGAUCAAGAAGCCCAACAACAACAACAUCCAAUUAGAUCUGGAGCUCUCCAGUAAUCCAGGAGUACUGAAUCUCAUUGAUUACUUGGAAAUGGGUUCGUCUCAAAAUCAAAAUCAAAAUCAAAAUCCAUCAGAAAACUCCCAAUUAGUUUCUGAUUCUGAGCAUAGGGUAUUCUCAUGUAAUUACUGCCACAGAAAAUUUUACAGCUCACAAGCACUUGGAGGGCACCAAAAUGCACACAAGAGAGAAAGAACUCUAGCGAAGAGGGGACAAAGGUUAGGCACGCAACUAAUUGCCUCGGCGGCAGCUUUUGGUCACCACCACCCUUAUUUGCAUCAUCAUCACAACCACUAUUCCAGUUUGGCUUCUCUUCCUCUUGGCCUGCAGGUUCACUCAGUGAUACAUAAGCCUUCCCACACAACAAUAUCAUCAUCUUCUUCUUCUUCUGGCUUUGGCAAUUUUAAUAACGGACAUCAUCAUCAUCGUAGCAGCUGGUGGAAACCUUUUAUUGAUCAGCAACCGGCGAUUAGGAAGCUUAAUUAUUCGGUGGAGAAUUUGAAUACAAUAAACACGUCGGGAUUAUUACUAUCGUCGAGAGCUAGUGCUGGUAGAUUUGAUUUGCCGAGGAAAAAUAUAGUUGGUUCUUCGAAUGAAGAAAUUUCUAGACAUUGGUGGGCUGCUGCUUCUGCCGCUAGUCAUCAUUUGAAGCCUGAUCAAGAGGAGGUCAAGAAGCUCGAUUUGUCACUUAAGCUUUGAUUUAAUUUCUUCCUUAGAUAAUUAUCUCUUUUUUGAUUCGCUCACUUUUUCUCUUUGAGUAAUUAGCCAUGGAGAUUUGGUUGAUUUUUAUGUUUCUUGUUCGAAAAGAUCAUUAAGAAGUGUCUCUUAAUUUGUUUGUUUGUAUGUGUUUUUUUUUUUUUUUUAGGCUACUCUGUACUUAUUAGUAAUCAAUCUUUUUGUUUUGUUUUUGUUUUUUAAAGAUAUAUGGUAGUUCACAAUUAAAUUCA